AUGGAACAGAUGGUGGCCAAAUUAAUUCGGCACAUUGCUCGGAAGAUGGGCUCCGCGCCUACGGCACGCACGAAGACGCCACCUAUGAAGAACUACCUCCAGUCCAGUCGCUAUUUUAGAGAUCGCAUACAGCAUCUAUCCCUAUUCGUACUUUCCACAGAACCAGGCGCUACGGAAUACCGACAGAUUCUGAGCGGCCCCGACUACCAAGUUUUCGAGAAUGGUACGCUACGCGUGGCACAAGUGCAUGUCUCGGACCGGGGUUCGUACCUGUGCCAAGCCAGCAACGGCGUCGGCACUGGACUCAGCACGGUGAUCACGCUCAACGUCCAUGUGCCAGCGCGCUUCAACGAGUCCUACCGGAACCAGACCGUGCAGCGGGGUCACAGCGUCGGCCUCGAGUGCAGGGCCUCCGGCGAUGCGCCCAUCACCGUCAGCUGGAGCCGCAACGGACGCCGACUGGACACUCACAAAUUGCGGGGCUCACGCGUGAAGAACAAGUCGCUGCCGGAUGGAAUUGUGUCCACUCUGUCACUGCCCGGGGCACAGCGGGAGCAUUCUGGAAUUUACGUGUGCGAAGUGGCCAAUAACUACGGCCAGGACGAGAAGCACAUCCGGCUCAUCGUGCAAGAACCACCAGAAGCGCCGACUGGUUUCAACGUGACCAGCGUCAACAGUCGUUCAGCGAGCCUGGCGUGGAGCGAGCCAUACAAUGGCAACAGCCCAAUCCUGUCCUAUCUCAUACAAUAUAAGAACGCCUCUGUGUCGAGCCAUUUCGUCGGCGGAAGCGGGCCCGUGGGACCGCAACGUGAGCGCGGGCCGCGACCAGACGUCGUGGACAGUGCGCAGUCUACAGCCUUCAACUCGUACCACGUGAGGGCGGCCGCAGUCAACGCGCUGGGCGUGGGGCCCUUCACCCAGCCGCCAUUGCUGAUCACCACGGACGAGGAAGUGCCUGGGGGUCCGCCAACACACGUUUCCGUCCAGACAUUGGGCCCGCAGUCCCUCAAAGUCACUUGGAAGCCUCCGGUGCCCGAACUUCGUCACGGCAGCAUCCGGGGCUACUACGUGGGCUACAAGCUUCACAAUUCGAGUGACUUGCACCUCUACAAGACGAUCGAGAGCGGGGCAGAGGGAGACGAGGCACCCGGCGAGUGCGUGCUCAACAAUCUGCGCAAGUUCACCAAGUACAGCGUCCUGGUGCAGGCGUACAACGCCGUGGGGGCCGGACCGCGUUCGGACGAGAUCAUUGUCUACACCGCGGAAGAUGUGCCUCAGGUGGCCCCGUCAGGCGUCCACUGCUCAGCCACUUCGGCCACGAGCCUACGCGUCUCAUGGGCAGUGCUGCACGAGAAAAGUUUGGACGGCCUCCACAAGGGUUACCGCGUCAUCUAUAAACUGAUCGACCAUGGUUUCUAUGGAUUGGAAGAAGCCGAGAUGGCGUCGUCCCAGGCGGGGGCCCCGUGGACCGAGCGCGACGUGUCUGCCGACGUCACGUCGGUAGUGCUGGGUGGUGUGGAGCCUUUCCGGAACUACAGCCUUCGCGUAGCCGCUCGCACUGGCGCCGGCGCAGGAGCAUUCAGCGAGCCAGUACACUGCAGCACACCCGAGGACGUGCCCGAGGCACCUGCGGACAUCAAGGCACUGGUUCUGGCACCGGACGCCAUCCUGAUCAGCUGGCUUCCACCACCCAAGGCAAAGGGAGUGCUCCAGCGGUACACUGUGUACAGCCGGGUGCAUGCCCAUGCGCCCAACCAGCAGGUCUCAGGUGGUGUGCCGGCGCGACCGGUGUCCGUUCCGUCGUCCCAGUUCUGGCACGAGACCCGCGGCUUGCGCACGGGUCAGCGCUACGAGUUCUGGGUGACCGCGUCCACGGGCGCCGGUGAGGGACCGGCCACGCGCAUCGUCACCCAGAGUCCGGCAGUACGAGAGAAGUAUUCACACGGUCUAGUCGACGAAACAGGUUUUGAGAAGGUCCAGUUUCAUAACGCACAAGGCAAAUAA